AUAAUCUACGAGUACCAUAAAGGACAUCUCCACCCAGGAGCACUUCUUCAGCAGCACAGUCAACUGCCAAUCUCCACUUUGACUGUAGCCGCUUCGUCGACGGUCUUUGAUCCAAAUGCGUCGUGCGACGGUGCAGGCUUUUCGCACCGCUCGUCGCGCUUCCUUCCACAGGAAACUCGGUCGCGGCCGGUACGGGCCGGUUUCAUCAUCGAAUCUAGUCCAGGGGCUCCGAUCAAUUUCAUCUGGUCGAGAACAUGGACGGCUGUCACCUUUAGCAUCAUCGUCAUCAAUGUACUUUCGGAACUUUUCUCUCGCUCUGAUUUCGACCGUUGUGCUCUCUGGAGCCUGGUACUCCUACCGAGAUAACCCCUCCAUCCUCGAGAGGGGUCUGCACGACCGAGCCAACGCAUCUACGAGUGCUUCGAGCGCACAGCAUUCAAAUAGUGAGCUAACCGCCUCCAACGUCUUUUCGACUGCCCCCAGCUCCGGACCAAGCAAAGCCACAGCUGACGAGGCUGCCUUGGCCACCCGCCGCGCGGUCGUCGUUGAACCCGAUCAAUUCUAUACCGGUUCUAUUGUCGGUGAUGAGCCUUUGUCCAAGGAAACCGAUGACGCGGGCCGAAAACUCCUGGAGAUGUUGACACCUGACCAAGCGACCCAAAAAUUACGAAGAAAUGAAGAGUCUUACCUUGUGGGACGUGGAAGAGGUGUCGUGCGUUACGACGUUGUCCAGAUUCCCAGCAACGACCCGAUCGAGGACGACCACGCCGAGAAGAUCGUUGAGGUGCCCCAGACUGUUGCUGCGACAGAAGAUGGCAGUGCAAGCAGCGAUUGGAUGUUUUGGGGCGUCUUCGAUGGACACAGUGGCUGGACAACUUCAGCAAAGCUUCGCCAAGUGUUGAUCUCAUUUGUCGCGCGUGAGCUGAAUGCAACAUACAAGUCCGCAUUGACUAACCCUGCUUCCUCUGUUCCGUCUCCUGAAUCCAUCGACACAGCGAUCAAGAAGGGUUUCCUUAAGUUGGACCACGAGAUUAUUCACGAAAGCGUGGAAAAGGUUAUGAAAGCGAACGCUAAGCGUGUUGCAGCUGAGCUUCUUGCGCCUGCUCUUUCUGGAUCAUGUGCCCUUCUGUCUUUCUACGAUAGUCGAUCAAAGCUACUGAGAGUAGCAUGUACCGGUGAUUCUCGGGCUGUGCUUGGCCGGAGGGGGGCAAGCGGCAAAUGGACAGCGACACCGCUCUCUGUGGAUCAGACAGGCAGCAACGAAGAGGAAGCAGCUCGACUUCGACGUGAGCACCCUGGAGAAGAGUACGUUGUUCGAAAUGGCCGCAUUUUAGGAGGCUUGGAACCUAGCAGAGCGUUUGGAGAUUCAUUCUACAAGUGGACCAAGGAGACGCAGGAACGCAUUAAGAUGUCAUUUUUCGGUCGCACACCUUCGCAGCUACUACGCACCCCUCCUUAUGUUACUGCUGAGCCCGUCAUCACAACAACUCGCAUCGAACCCGAAAAGGGCGAUUUUGUGGUCAUGGCCACUGACGGAUUGUGGGAAAUGCUUUCCAAUGAAGAGGUCGUUGGACUUGUCGGCCAGUGGCUCGAACAUCAAGCUCAGAAUGGGAAUGCCAAUAAGAACAAGUCAUGGAUAAAGAGCUGGUUUAGCGCCGAAAAGGGCCUUCCCAUUGAGAAGGACGACACCGACGCGUCCAAGAGCGGCCAACGGGCACCUGUUCGACAACGUCAAUGGGGUGUCAGUCCAUCGCAGGAUGACCGGUUUACUGUUGAAGACAAGAAUGCUGCAACGCAUCUCGUCCGAAAUGCCCUUGGUGGCAAGGACAAGGAUAUGGUCUGCGCGUUGUUAACAUUGCCCAGCCCUUACUCCAGGCGAUAUAGGGAUGAUCUUACUGUUGAGGUUAUCUUCUUUGGUGAAGGCGACAAGAGUGGCAAUGUGGUCUUGAACGAAGAAGCGAGUGCGUCAACAUUUGAUACCAAGUCGAAACUCUAGAUGUGUUUACUUUGUCUUCUUAUCUCCCUGCCUCUACAAAGACUUAAAUUCCGGCGGUAUUUUCGAUUAUGCUCAACAGCGUUUUCGUCAUUCUAUAACGAUCUCCCCGACGGCCCUGAGUGGCGGGUGUUCGGCGUCAUGGAUUGCGCCUUCUAAGGCAUGCCAAAGAUCAAAGUGAGAUUAUACUCUUGAUUGAUACCAAACUUCAAGAUCAUCUUUGCCCUGCAAGAACUAUCUAGAAUAUCAGACGGCGUCCCAUAACUUUUUCAUGUAUAAUUUUAGCGUGCUAGCUCUCUGGCACCUUGCAAGUCUUAGACUCAAGCUGUCUCCUUUUUUUUAGGCAACAAAAUACCUGCGUUAAAAAUAGACAAGGAUCUUUCUCAUGAUAGCCUAACAAGAAAUGUGUAUUUCACUGG